AUGAAAAACCUCGCCAUCAUCAUCCACCAACCUAGAUCUCCAACUCCGGCGACCCAAACAUGCACAAAAUGCUCCGCACCCACAACCGUACAUCUAAACCCACCACCAGAUGAGUCAUUGGCGAACGGCGAAUAUGAAGGAGUGGUGCCUUGGCUAAGUUGGCUAAGAGCAGUUCAUGACGUAAAGAAAAAGCAUGCGUGUGCACUGAAACCAGCCAAAACGUUGAUUGCAAAUGAAGAAGAUUGGAGCCAUUACACCAACUUCUGGGGAAGGUAUAAUCAUGACUUUUAUGAUGAUCAGCCAAUUAUUACUACGAGAAGAAACCUGCUUCUUCAAGCGGCGGAGAACAGCAUUCUAGAGUUGGUGAAAGAAAUCCUCAGGAAAUUCCCCGAGGCUGCGUAUUGCUUCGAUUGCAACGGGAAGAACAUAUUUCACAUAGCAGUGGAGAAUAAAGAUUGCACCAUGUACAGCUUCUUGAAGAAGAACGUUGCUAGAAAGGAUUGGAUGAUGGCAGCUCUUGCUCAUGAUCAAAACUCCAUUUUGCACUUUGCAGCCAAAGACAAUGCUCAUCUUGGAGUUCUCUUUGGAAGCUUGAACCAGAUGGCAUGGAAUGUAUACUGGUUUAAGCUUGUAUGUUUUGAUUCUCCUCCUCAUCUCCUGUGGUACCCAAACUCCGGCGGGAAGAUGGCUACCGAGCUAUUCGAAGAUACCCACUCCAGCCUACAAAAAGAUGCCGCGAAAGCCCUGAAAUCAAUGAACGACGGCAUGUUUGUCGUCUCUGCCCUCUUUGGCACCGUCAACUACGCCGCAGUUUUCACUCUCCCCGGUGGCUUCGACACCAACAGAGACAGCCCGUGGGGUUCCGGCCUCCCGGUCCUGUAUCGUACGGACAAAGAGCGAGAACUGCUGCUUUUCUUGUUUUACACUGGCGCUGCCCUGCUUGCCGCCUUAUUAUCGCUGGUGGAGAUGGUCGCGAUCCAGCUGUCCAAGUUCACCAGCAGCGACUUCUUCAUGGCAUUGCCCUUCAGGUACACCGCCGCUAUAACAACGUUGUACGUCGCUGUCCUCUCCACGAUCGUGGCGGGCUCCGAAGCCUACGACAUCAUCGACGUCGACGCACACAUCCCCAAUUUUUACUUCGUGGUGCCAGCCAUCGUAUCGGUAACCAUUGUUUACGUAGACGUCGUGUAUCUGCCUCUGUGUGGCCUGUGUCUUGCGCUUCGUUGCGCAUUUACGUACCGAGGCCACGUGUUUGAGGCUUCAGCGAUCUUUAAGCGUAGUUUUGAGGAAGCUGUACGAGACGCCAAUCCAAAAAAGCAAGAAAAAGAAAAAGUUGUACAAGACUAGGUCGUAAGGCUGCGAUCAGCUAAUUCAUACUGUUAAAUUUGUUCAAAUCUCUCAUGGCACGAGAUUAUAUCACACAAUCCUAUCUGUGUGUGUGUGGGGCAUAUGGAGUGCUUUGAUGGAUGUUUGUCUGUUUGUAAUCGAUUUCCAUGUUAGUUGUGUUGGAAAAUAAACUUGUGUUAUUCAAUAAAUUCAGGGAGUUAUAUUUCCCUCGUGUCAUUUCAUGUUUUGCUGGUGGGAGUUAUACGGGAGUUGUAAAAAUAAUGGAGUUAGGAUUGUGAAACGUCCCUAUUAAGAGUGUGGCACGUGGG